AUGAACAAUCCAAAGCACAUCCCAGACGCAUGGGAUGAUGAUUGGGAGGAACAAGUUGAUAACAAAACUCAAGACUCCCCAGCUCCCACACCCGCUCCCCAGCAAGAAUCAGGAAAGAAGAUCUCUUCAAGAGCCAAAAAGGCACAACUACGCGCCCAACAUGCAGAGUUCAAUCGGCAGCUCUGGGCGGAGGCCGAAGCAGAAGCCGGAUCCAACCAAAUGUCCCACUACCUCGAAUCCCGCUCCAAAGUUCCUCUCAAAUCCGAAUACAAGCCAACGGUCAAAGUCCUCAGUCGCAAUCCUCAAUCCUCCCCUGGUCUCAGCGCUGCAACCGCAGGACUACAAAGAGUGACGAUCUCGCCUCGUCCCACCACUGGCAAUAACGACAAUGCAAACGAGAUCGAAGACGAAGACAACUCUGAUGAGGAAACCAAACAGCCGAAGGAACUCACCCCGGAAGAACGCCUGGCGAUAGCCCAGCGCGAAAGGGAAGAAAAGCAACGCAAGUAUGAAGAAGUUCGGGAACGUCUGUUUGGAAGCUCCAAUGCCGGGUCCGGCGCGUCAUCGCCGGGUAGCACGACGCCGCCGCGGCAACAGCAGCAGCCGCAGCAUACUAGCGGAGAAAAUAAAUGGAAGGGAAAGGCUCGAUCAAAUGGAGCUAAUAGAGAUAGAGGCGAGAGGAGGGAUUCGUCUUCUAGAUCCGCGAGAGGCAGACAGCUGUACGAUCCGAACUACGUUCCUAAGCCAAAUUCGAAUCAUGGAAAGAGAAGGGAAACCAGACAGCAAUUUGGCGGCGGAGAAGAUUCAAGGCCGCGGUCUCAGCCCCAAUCACAGUCUCCUCAGCCUCAGAUGCCCAUUCGAAGUCCUAGGGGUCCCGAUGGGAGUGGACCUGGUGGAUUUGGUUUUGCCGAGCGAGGUAGUGGGGCUGCGCCUCGCUGA